CUUUUUAACUAAACAUUUCAACAACAAACCACUUGUGCCUUAUCAGGCUCCACUUAGGUAAGCCUAAUGAGCCUCCACUUGGUCACUCUUAUUCGCGCUCCCUAUCAGUCGCAAUGAGAUCUCUUGCUGUUAUUUUCCUCGCCUAUUUGGCUGUGCUGGCCAAAGCUGAUCCCAACGUAGUCCCCGUUCCAAAUGGCCUGAGUGGUUCUGGAGUGACCACCCGCUACUGGGACUGUUGCAAGCCUGGAUGCUCCUGGAGGGAAAACUUGGGAUCGUCUGGAGCGACUAAUCCAGUGCGUUCUUGUUCUGCCGACGGCUCCACCACUGUGGAUAUCGAAACCCAGUCUGGAUGUGGGGACGACACUGGAGAAGUCGCCUACAUGUGUAGCGAUCAACAGCCCUGGGUCUACAACCAAACCCUCAGCUUUGGAUGGGUGGCUGCUUCUUUUGCAGGUGGCUCCGAAUACGACAACUGUUGCCACUGUUUGCUCCUCGACCUGCAAGGCGAAUUGGCUGGAAAAUCGAUGAUAGUCCAAAUCACCAACACUGGAAGCGAUCUGGGACAGAACCAUUUCGACGUCGCCAUGCCUGGAGGAGGCGCUGGACUGUACUCCACUGGAUGCACCAGAGAAUGGGACGCUCCUGUUGGGGGCUGGGGAGACCCGAUCAGUGGCGUCAGCUCUUUAGAGGAGUGCAGCGAGUUGCCCUCCAGCUUGCAGCCUGGCUGCCAGUGGAGGUUCGGCUGGUUUGAGGGAGUCAAUAAUCCUGACGUGGUCUUCACUGAAGUGGAAUGUCCCACAGAGCUGACUAGUAUUAGUGGCUGUGUGGCUUAAUUGGGCAUGUGAAACAGGAGUUUCCAAAUAAAUGAUUUUGGUGAUUGG